AUGUUUUGCAACAUUAUUCUUCUUGACCAAAACUGGUAUUACCGCCUUCCGUCAAUCUUGGCGUCAUCCUUCACCAUAGCAUUUCUGCUUCAUUACCUCAUCCGGAGGUUUGGCCGGCAUCACGGCCGUGACCCGCCAAGCCCACCGGGUCUCCCCAUAAUCGGCCACCUUCACCUCAUCGGCUCCUCAUUCCCCAAAUCCUUCCAGGCCUUGGCCUGCCGCUACGGCCCACUAAUCCGGGUCCGCUUGGGCUCCGAGGCUUAUCUCGUCGCUUCCAGCUCGGCCGUCGCGGAAGAGAUCUUAAAGACCAACGACGCUUGCUUCCUCUCCAAGUUCGAAACCGGUCCGACCCACUUCAACAUAUAUCGGGGGACCGGGUUCAUCACCGGCCCGCACGGGGACUACUGGCGGUUCAUGAGGAAGCUGUGCGUGACCCGUCUCUUCGGCGGGGCCCAGUUUGACCGGUUCAACACCAUACGGGAGCAGGAGCUGGCCAAGCUGGUCAAAUCUUUGAUGAAGUGGUCGGAGGAAGGCCGGGCGUGUGAUUUGAACGUCGAGCUCGAGACUCUGGCCAACAAUGUGGUCUGCAAGAUGAUGAUGAGGAGGAGAUUCCUGCUGAGCGACCGCCGAUGUAAGGAGAUGAGGAGGAUGGUGUCGGAGAUCAUGGACAUCGCCGGGAAGUUCGGGGUCAACGGGCUUUUCGGGGUGCUCAGGAAGGUUGACUUGUUUGGGUAUGGGAGGAAGCUUCAAGAGGCGCUUUGGCGGUACGACGAUGUGUUGGAGGAGAUAAUGAAGGACUAUGAGGAGAAUUCAUUUGGGAGUAGUCGUACUAGUGGUGUCGAGGCGGAAGGAGACAAGGAUGUAAUGGAUAUUUUGUUGGAGACUUACAGAGAUGAGAAUGCUCAAGUGAAGUUGACAAGAAAACAAAUCAAGCAUUUCAUUAUCGAAUUGCUUAUGGCGAGCAUUGACACUUCAGCAGCAACCCUACAAUGGGCAAUGGCGGAGUUGAUUAACCGUCCCAACAUAUUCAAGAAGCUAAGGGAGGAGAUCGAUUCGAUCACAGGGGUGGAUAGACUGGUUAAAGAGUCAGACGUCCAAAAUUUGCCAUACUUGCGAGCCUUGGUCAAGGAAUCGCUAAGACUCCACACGGCAGCACCAAUGAUACCUCGAGAAUGCAGCCAAGACUGCAAGAUCAAUGGUUUCAAUGUGAAGUCCAAAACUCGGGUCUUGAUCAACGCCUAUGCCAUAAUGAGGGACCCGGACAUGUGGGAGGAUCCAGACAAGUUCAUGCCAGAAAGGUUCUUGCUUGGUGGUGAUGAUGGUCAUGAUUUCAGGUUCCUGCCAUUUGGGGGAGGGAGGAGAGGAUGCAUUGGCUAUACGCAUGUUUAUAUGAUAAUGCACACGACAAUGGCGGCGUUGGUUCAGUGCUUUGAUUGGAAGGUCAAGGAUGGAGAACACGUUGAUAUAAGUGUGGCAUUAGGUUUCACCGGAGCCAUGACACCUCCUCUCCUUUGUUAUCCUACUGCACGGUUUCACCCAUUCUAA